AUGGGCGCAGGUCUGAUAACAAUAUGGUUCAUGUUAUGUGGGGAUUUGUUAUUCUGCAUUUUCCUAAGUCAUAUCACCACACAGUUUGACCUGCUAGCUGUGAGGAUACGAAGACUGGUUUACGUGCCGGUUGAUAAGCAGCUUGUCCAUACAUAUCCACUUGGUGAAUAUUGUCAAGGCUAUGCACAAAAGAAUAAAGAUAUUAUCGAGACGUUUACUGAUAAGGAUUGGGAGACGAGACAUCAGAGAGAUCUGUCUGAAAUCAUAGAGAGGCAUCGUGCUUUAAUCAGGCUUUCCGGUGAUGUGGAACAUCUGUUCAGCUUUGCUCUGCUCGUGAACUUCUUCAACAGCUCCAUAAUCAUCUGUUUCUGUGGCUUCUGUUGUGUUAUAGUGGAAAAAUGGAACGAGAUGGUAUACAAGUCAUUCAUGACGACAGCGUUGUCACAAACGUGGCUUCUCUGCUGGUACGGCCAGAGGUUACUUGAGUCGGCCGAGGCCGCGGUGCCCGCUUACCCUGCAAUCCCAGCAGACAGGAUGUCUCUGGAAGAAUGGAUCAAAAGUAAAGGGGGCGUAGAAGCGAAGGAUUAUCAGAUGCCCUCUAUGAAAGUGGCUGGUAUAGAGCGUCCCAAAAGAUUAAAAGCUCUGUCCUUAUCAUGCUUCACAGAUAAUCAAGACGUCUUGGUCGUACUUCACUCUUCUUCUUAA